AUGCAAUCUGCGGACAAGCCGACUCGAUCAGAAAUUGACUUGGCCUUGCCUGGAGAGAAAACUCAAGAUGAAAUCAAGAUCGAAAAGAGUGGAGAUAUUGAUGCUCUUCAACGGUAUCGGUGGAACAUGGUUAGAAAAGCGCCAUCCUAUGUUGGUAGAGCGAUUGAGCUUCUCCGGAUAGAACAAGACCUCCGAAAUAUUGUCCAGGAAGAGCAAUGCCUCGCCAAGAAGCCUGAGGCCACAGGCAGCUGGCUACUCUAUAGGAAUGAUGUACAGGCCGUGCUUCAGGCUUUGAAGAAGAGAUAUUGGUUGCUGGAACUCCAGUGGUGGAAAGUCCGAAACUCAUUCGUGGAGGGGCCACUGAUAAGAGCAUUUGAUCUGUGGCGAUCACAUCCUCUCUGGUAUAUGCACCGAGUUUUGUUCGAGGAUUGCGUGAGGAAGGGGGGAUGCUGUAGCCGUGGCUGUGGAUGUUGCGCUAAUCGCAAGAUUGAUAAAACACGACAGCUUGGAGCUGGACAUUGUAUGGUGGAAUGUGGAUGUUGUCACCAGGCUCGGGGGUUUGAGCUUACCAAAAAAGAAAAGAAGGAAUUCCUUAGGGAUUUCCAUAUCGUGGAUGACAAUAGCUUUUACCGCCAAAGGGUCAAUCGAGCUUCGAUAUGGGGGUUAUCUCUUGACAGUCAUGACAGCCCUUUUGAUCUGAUUGUAAUGCCCCCAGGAUACGAGAGCGAUGUUUCAAAAGAGCAGACGAGAAGAGGCAAGGCGGACCAAUUCGAUGAGCCAUUCAUGCUUAUUGACGAAGAGGACGAGGAAGAAGUUGUGGUACCUUAA